AUGUCCGCUGAAGGAGAUGGAGAGGCAAGUUCAAACGGAACAACCAGAGGGCUCAACAGCGACUGGCCGCCACCACAACGAUCUUUCCAGGGCGUCGCAACUAAUGGAACACACAAGGCCACGGCGUCCUCCCUAAAUGGCUCCUCCUUGCAGAAUGGCAAACAACAGUCCCGCGAACCCGCCGCCCCGACCACUCCCUAUUUCGGCCACAACCGAGAAGAAGUCACACGCAUCCUGAUACAAGCUCUCUCUGAUAUGGGGUACCACUCGGCCGCCCAGAGCGUCAGCAGGGACAGCGGCUAUGAGCUGGAGAGCCCAGCGGUCGCGGCUUUUAGGUCUGCGUUACUGAACGGCUCUUGGACGGAGGCAGAGCAGUCCCUUGAAGGUGCUGCUAUGGCCGUGGAUUCUCAGGAUAGAGCCGGCAAUGGCCUGGUGCUGAUGGAAGGAUCUAGCCGUGACGCCAUGAGGUUCUCCAUACGGCAACAGAAAUAUCUCGAGCUUCUCGAGCUAAGGGAUUAUAGGCAGGCCCUUUCCGUCCUGCGGACCGAACUGACCCCUCUGAGCCAGGACCCUCAACUGCUGCACUUCCUUUCCUCGCUCCUCAUGUGCCAAUCUUCAGAGGACGUCAAGUCAAAGGCGGACUGGGAUGGCGCCCGUGGCAUGUCCAGGCGCAACUUACUUUCGAACCUCUCAAAACGCAUAUCACCCUCUGUUAUGCUUCCCGAACAUCGAUUGGCAGUCCUUCUGCAACAAGUCAAGGACAGACAGAUAGAUCGCUGCAAGUGGCAUACCAGCGCAUCCUCGCCGUCAUUGUACACGGACCACGUCUGUGACCCAACUCUCUUUCCGAAUGAGGUUGUAUAUGAGCUGGACCAGCCCGGUGAGGUUUGGCAAAUUCGCUUUUCGAACAAUGGCAAGCGAUUGGCUAGCUGUGGUGCCGACAAGCACAUUUACAUCUGGGACAUGACUACGUUCGACCUCAUCUACAAGCUGGGUCACGACCACAGGGAAGCGAGAGGGGAGGAACCCAUGGAUGAGGGCGUUGGGGAUCUUGCGUGGAGCCCGGAUGACAGUAUGCUUGUAGCAUGUGAAAGGGAUAAAUGUGCCAGUAUAUGGGAUCUGAAGACCGGCACCCUUAUCCAGCGGACCAAGAGGCUGAGUGAACCAGUCAGUAGCUGCGUAUGGGCUCCCGAUGGCGCAUCCUUCAUCCUGGGCAGCUUUGAUAAGGCACACGCGAUUUGCACGUGGAGCGCCAGAGGCGAGCAGCUUUACACGUGGACCAAAAAAUUCCGAGUCGGCGACCUGGCAAUCUCUCCGGAUGGUCGCUGGCUGGUAGCUGCAGAUGACCAGCAUGCCAUACACGUGUAUGACGGCCAGACCAGGGAGUUGAAGUAUGACCUGGAUCUGGCGUGUCGUGGAAUCUCAAUCCGCGUGUCCAGAGAUUCAAAAUACCUCCUCGUCAACAAAGAAGAUGCCAUUGCCCAACUCAUCGACAUCGGUAGUAGGAUCACCGUGCAAAAGUACACGGGCCAUCGCGGCGGCGACUACACAAUCAGGAGCGAUCUAGGCGGUGCGAACGAGAGUUUUGUUAUCAGCGGUUCUGAAGAUGGCGCCGUCUUUAUUUGGCACAUGCUUAGCGGCAAUUUUGUGGAAAAGCUCGAGGCUCACCGUCCCCGGUGUAAUGCUGUAGACUGGAGUCCGACUGAUCCGUGUCUGUGGGCAUCCGCCGGAGAUGAUGCCAAGAUCAAAUUGUGA